AUGGACCAAGUCGACGAAGACGAGUUCUACGGCGACACCACCACCACCACCACCACCGCCACCACCACCACCUCCACCCCCGCGCAGCCAACGCCCCCCACAGUCCCCCAGUCCCAGGCGCAGAGCACGCCGGCAGUGUCGACCCCCGCUGCAGAGACCCCACUGGCGCUUCCAGGCCUCCCGGGAUUGACCGCUUCGCUGACACCAGGGGGUAAUGGCGGAGACACGCCGAUGACUACCGCCGGCGCUGAUGAGAGCCUCGAGGAAGGAGAGGAAGAGGAAGAGGAAGUGGAGGUGGAGGAUAGCGAUGAUGAGAUCGAAUUCGUGAUCGAGCGCAAAGACGGCACCCGCCCCGAACCCCCCCCACAGCCCUCGCGCUACAACCAAGUCCGCAUGGCGCCCACCCGCCCGACCCCCACCGCCCCCUCCGCGCACCCCACGCCCCCCACCGCCCCAGCCGCCGCCGCGCGCACCACCACCCCGCAACCCCCCACCGCGCCACCCCCAACCUCCACCUCAAAACUCGACCUCGCCGCAAACCCCGCCUACAACGGCCACCCCAUCAAGACCAUCCCCCUCGACUCCGACACCCUCCUCCCCGCCGACAAGCCCUGGCGCAAGCCCGGCGCCGACGUCACAGACUACUUCAACUACGGCUUCGACGAGUUCACGUGGACGGCCUACUGCCAGAAGCAGGAGUCGCUGCGCGACGAGUACGACCCCCACAAGCUGAUGGAGCAGAUGAUGCUCCUCUCGGGCAUGGGCAUCGGCCUCCCCGCCAUGGAGAUGCCGGACAUGGGCUCCAUCAUGAGCUUCUCCGGCGGCCCGGGGCAGCAGCAGGCGGCGGCUGGGGGCGUGGGCGUGGGCGUGGGCGUGGGCGUUGGUGUGGGACCCGGGGGCGAUAUGGGCAUGGGCGAUGCGCCGUAUGGUGCGCCGGGCGGGUUUGAUCAGACCGCUGCGGCGUAUGGGAGGGCGCAGGUGGGCAUGUAUGGGCCUGGGGGUGGCGGCGAGCAGGAGUCGGGCAUGGAUUACUCGGUGUAUAAUCGCCCGCCGCAGGGGCCGGGCGCGGGGAUGGGUGCGUAUGGUGGGUAUGAUCAGGGGAUGAUGCAGCAGCAGCAGCAACAGCAACAACAGCAGCAGCAGCAGCAGGGGGGGGGGAAUAGGGGGUAUGGGCCCGGCCCUAGGGGCAGAGGGGGGAGGAGGGGGUGGUAG